AGACCACGCUCAUCAAGGGGAUGAUGGCGGCCGUGGGGCUCGGCUACGAGGAGGUGAAGGACAUGCUGCCCCCCACCAUCGAGGUGGCGUGUCACAACUCCAAGACCAGCAGUACCAUCUCCGGCCCGGCUGAGGACGUGCAGCACUUCGUGGCGACACUCAAGGACAAGGGCGUGUUCGCCAAGGCCGUCAAUGUGUCCAACAUAGCGUACCACUCGCAGUACAUCGCGCCCGCAGGACCCAAGCUGUUGUCCCUACUGAAAGACGUCCUGCCCGAGCCCAAGCCUCGCUCCGAGCGCUGGGUGUCCACGAGCGUCCUGGAGGAGCGCUGGGGCGAGCCGCUGGCGCAGACCUCGUCGGCCGACUACCACACCAACAACCUCCUGAGCCCCGUGUUCUUCGAGGAGGGCUCGCGUAAGAUCCCCAAGGAUGCCAUCGCCAUUGAAAUUGCACCUCAUGGGUUGCUCCAGGCCAUCCUCCGACGCUCUCUGGACCAGCUCGUCGCCAACGUGCCUCUCACUAGGAAGGACGCUCCGGACGGGGCCUUGUUCCUACUCGAGGCCAUUGGCAAACUGUACCUGGCCGGGCUGAACCCGCAGAUCCAGAACCUGUACGACCCCGUGGACUUCCCCGUGUCGAGAGGCACGGCCCCGCUCAGCCCGCUGGUGGGCUGGGACCACACGGAGACGUGGUACACCGGCCGCUACUCCCAGCAGGAGGACUUCGUUCCCGGCGAGAAGCACUUCUUCCUCCGUUCCCUGGAUCCCGCCUACGCGCCGUACCGAGAGUGCAUCUGGCAGGGCCGUAGCAUCAUCACGCCUGCCGUCUGCCUGGAAAAAGUGGCUUCUGUUAUCAAUGCGAUCCACGGAGACAUGGACGUGCCGGUCGUUUUUGAAGACGUCCAGUUCUACGACAUCUUGGACAUGCCCGUGGUCGAGGAGGCGUACGUGUACGCUAUGUACCAGCGCGGGAGCGGACACUUCGAGGUGUCCGCAGACCUUAAGGUGCUAGCGCGGGGCCGUGCCUACACGCCCUGGAACGGCGCCAAGGGCAUCAAAAAGAUGUGGGCAAGGCCACCCGCCAUCCAGGACGGAGGGCGCACACUCUCCUCCCAGGACGACGUGUACGACGAGCUGCGUCGCCGCGGUGUGUACGUCGACGGCAAGCUCAAGGCCAUCAAGAAUCUCGUCACAUCGCCUUCUGACGUCCUGGGUCGCGUGGUCAACAUCAACAACCACAUGCUGCAGUUGGACGCACUGCUGCAAGUGUACACGCUGCUGGACUCGGAGACGCGCUCCGAGCUGCGGGUGCCGCACCGCGUGCGGAGGAUCAUCCUGGACUCGGACCGCACCCUCCUGCAUGAGGACGGCCCCGAGGGCGAGCAGGAGGAGGAGGAGCAGCCCACCGAGACUAAGGUCCGGAAGGACAUCGACAGGCCGCUCCUCCAGGACCUCGUGUUCCGCCUGCACCGCGCCACCUCCACGCUCCGCUGCGCCAACAUGGAGAUCUCGGGCGUCGAGACAAGGCCAUUCCCCUCCCAGGACGAGCACCGCCACCUCGCCGUCGACCUGGAGCAGCUCGUGAUCCACGGCGAUCAUCCAGCCGCUAUGCAGAACUCCCAGGAGAUGCUUGCCGCGGCUGUACAGCUGGCCACCCAGCAGGCUGCUCUGCAACCGCUGAGCCGCAAGAGUACCGAGACCGUGGUGGGGCUCUUGCAGGGGACGAGCGCUGCUCUGGAGCAGCAGCUGCAGUCCAUCGCGCAGCGUUCGGGCGGGGUGCUGGUGCGCCGCUUGGCCGCGCAGGAGGCCGUCGACUGCGACCUCCUGGUGGGCGUAGACGCGCACGCCGCCGCGCCCCUUCUGGCCCCGCACGCCGUCUUGCUGGCCGAGCUGCCCACAGAGCAGCCAAUCCCAGCUGUGCCCGAGGUGACCGUGCUACUGCAGCAGGCCUUCGGUGCGCGUCGCCUGGUGUUGUUCAAGAAGCCGCAGGCCGUGCUGCACUUUCCGCACCAGGUGGUGGAGGUCGACAGCGCCUCGCAGGUGGCAGUGCUGCAGGUCCCGGCCGCGGGCGUCACCUACGUCGUGUGGCACUCCAUGCCCGAGCAAGGCAUCCCCGCCCUGCUCCGGGACGUGGUCCGCUCGCUCCCGGGCGCACACCGCGUCCGAUCUGUGUUCCUGCUGGACGCCACGGCGCCCAAGUUCUCUCCAACGCACCCGUUCUUCACGGGUCAGAUGAAGCUCGGCCUUGCAGUGAACGUGCUGUUGAACGGCGCCUGGGGGAACCUCUACCUCAAGCCCAAGCCGAUCGUCCAGCACGAGGCCGGCCGAAGGGAGCUGCGCGUCAACAGGGUGUCCGACAUUCCAAACAUGAACGUCCAAUACCUCGGCCUGAACGGUUCCAUCAUGGAGCCCACCAACAUUAAGGUCCGCGAUGGGUACAUCCUGGACAUCGAGAAGCCUACUAAGGAGCAACAGCCACGGGGUGUGGGUCUGCUGGACUACGCGGGGACCAAGGAGGGCGUCGCCGUCAUGGGUGUCAUGGACACCGAGACCAUGGCCGUGGACAACCUCCUGCAGUGGGCCGUGCCCAAAGGGUGGAGCCUGGAGGACGCCGCCACCGUGCCGUACGCCUACGCCAUGGCGUACACGGCCUUGGUUCACACGGCAAAAUUGCUACCCCGUGAAAGGGUUCUGAUCCACGACGGCUGGUCCGCCAUCGGCCAGGCGGGCAUCGACGUGGCCCUGGCGACCGGCGGCGACGUGUACACGACGUACCGGACCGAGGAGGAGCACGGCCUCAUCCUGCAGCGCUUCCCCCAGCUCCCGCCAGACCACGUCCUGAACCUCCAAGGCGAGCAGUUCGAGCUGGACUUGAGCAAGGCCUUCGAGGACAGCGACCGGAUGCGGCGCGGGUACCGCGUGCUUCUGAGCACCUUGAGUGGCGAGGGACUCUGGGCGUCACUGCGGAGGAUGGCGAUCAACGCUCGCGUCGUGCAGAUCAACGGGUCGGACAGCAUGACCGGAACUCGCAUGGGAAUGAACUUGUUCAUCAAGAGCACCUCUUUCUACGCCAUGGACUCCACUGGGCUGUUGCACUUGUCCGACGACGUCCGCCGCAGGGUGCACGGUCUAGUGCAGGCCGGGCUGGACAACGGCGUGGUGCGGCCCUUGGACAGGACCGUCUUGCCCAUCUCGCACGUCAAGGAGGCCGUCAGUUAUCUAGACGGGGACUCUACGGCCAAGGCGGUCCUGGAAAUGGGUCCUUCCAAGGUGAUCGCGGCGCCCAGUGGCUUCCAGUGUGACCACAAGGCGUCCUACAUCGUCGUUGGUGGCUGCCGCUCCGAGGCCCUGCACACGGUGGACUGGUUGUUGUCGCGGGGCACCCGCUGCGUGGUGCUCGCCGGCCUCCAGGAGUCGGCGCUCUCCCAGACGACACUGCGGAGGCUGGCCCUCAUGCGCGCUCGCUGGGGCGCCCACGUGACCACCGUACCCGGGGUGCGCGCGGACACGCCGCAGGGCGCAUCCACGCUCGUCGCCAGGGCGGCAAACAUGGCGCCGUUGCACACCAUCCUCGUCCUGCCCUCG